UAUUGAAGGGAAGCCGGAAAAGCUUCCGUUGGUACGUUAGAGAUAAAUGCAUGAGAUUUUAAGGGAGGGUAGAACGUUACAGUAAAAGCAACUUUAAUUAAUAAUUAGGGUUAAUUGUAACCGUCCAUGAUGUCUGUUAAAGAUGGGGAUCCUUCUGGAAACGAAUUAUUGCGUUUGAUUUAUCAGCAUCUUAAUGAAAAUGGGUACCAGAAAGCAGCUAAAGAACUCAAACUGCAAGUUGGACAGAAGGCUGUACCUACACAGGAGGCUUCCCUGCAAGAUAUCUACUCAUACUGGACAAAAGCCCCGGAACAUUUGAAGAAGAGAAAGUUAAACCAGGUUAAUAGUGUUUCUCCAUGCAAGAAGCCUCGCCUAUCCGAUCCCGCCAGCAGCAAUGAGAGCUCAGAGCAGGAGGAUGCAAGCAAAACCCAGGCAAAGGCCAGUAAAGCAGUAGGGAAGUCUCCAGGCCCGGCUGCCUUGGAAAAGAUACUCCAGAGCAGCAGCGAGGAAGACUUGGACUCGGACUCCUCAGAGGAAGAACCAGGGAAAAAACCUGCCCCGGUAAAACCAGCAGCAACUCCUACCAAAGCCACUCCAGGAAAAGUUCUCCAGGCCAGCCCUGCUGCCUCAAAGCUCAUCCAAAACAAGGCCACCCCAGCAAAGGUAUCAAGCCCAUCCCCCAGCAAGCCUGUGCUUGCCACUGCUAAACAGUCUAAGGGUCCUGGGACUGCAAAGAAGGAGGAGAGCGAGGAGGAAAAGACACCAGCUGUGAAACCACUGCAAAAGCCUGCAGCUUCAGUUUCUAAGGCAGCAAGCAGCAGUGAGGAUUCAUCCAGUGAGGAUUCGGACUCUGAGCAAGAAGCAAAGAAAAAAUCCCAGGUAACGUCGGUGGGAAAGGGACCUCUUUCUAGAGCAGUCCAGGCCAGCACCACCCCAGGAAAGGUUGCCACGGCGACCUUGGCCUCAGGCACACCUUCUCAGGUGAAGUCAGCACUGGGGAAGGUCACAGCUGGGAAAGGGAAGGGGAAGGAGACAGGAAGUUCAGAGAGCGAGAGCAGUGAUUCGUCAAAGAGUGAAGAAGAGGCAACAGUACAGAAAGCCUUCAGCAAGUUGAAGGCAAAUCAAGCAUCAGGACUAACUGGGAAGCAAGUCGAUGCAAAGGCUGCCCCGGGAAAAGUUUCUUCUGCAGCCCCAGGGAGAUCCACCAAGCCAGCUCCAAGUCAGGCCAUGGCCAAGCCUGCUACAGUGGGGAAGAAGGAAGAGGAGAGUUCUGAGAGCAACAGCAGUGAGUCUUCAGAGAGUGAGGAGGAGAAGCCUCCUGCACAGGCAGCAGCCAGGGUGCCAGUAGCAAAGUCACUGGCAGGAACACCAGUGAAGCAAGUCAAUAAAAUACAUAUUUUGGGGAAGGCUUCUUCUCUAGCCCCAGGAAAAUCCCCCAAGCCAGCUCCAAGCCAGGUCAAAGCCAGCCCAAAGACUGCUGCAGCGGGAAAGAAGGAGAGUUCAGAGAGUGACAGCAGUAGCUCUUCAGAGAGUGAGGAGAAGGAGGAGAAGCCUUGUGCUGCUGAAAUGCAACUGAAGCCAGCUCUCAAGAUUACUGCAUCGACUCCAGGAUCGCAUGCAAAACAAAGCCUGUCUGCUGCUGCAUCCAAACCUGCAGCCUCCGAAUCCGACAGCGACAGUGAGGAGGAGGAGGAAACCCCAAGGAAACCUCUUCAGAAAGCAUCUGUUGUAAAGGCAGCCACCCCUGUUUCUAAAACUCCUUUGAAAACACUUGCCAAGUGCACUCCUGCCAAGCCAGGGGCAGCAAAGCCAACCUCAGGGAACGUUUCAGCUCUGGCCCAGCCUGCAAAGGCCACACCCAGCCAGGCCAAAAUAACCCCAAAGGCAGUGAUGGGAAAGGAAGAGGAUGAGAGCAGCGAUUCAUCAGAGAGCGAGGAGGAGGAGCGCAUUCCAGUCAAACCAAUAGUAAAGCUACAGCAGAAACCUGAAGCUACCCCGAAGCAGCUAGCUGUGCCCACAGUUUCCAAGAGAAAGACUUGUGAGAGUGAGAGCACUGACGAUUCCAGCGACGAAAACCCAGCACAGACCCUUCAACCACAGAAGGCCCAAGUUGCCAAAGCAGUGCAGCAGAAUAAGUGUUUAUUGAACCCAUCCACCCUGAAACCCGGGCACAAAGGCACCGUGACGCAAGCAUCAAGCAGGAACAAGACUCCCGUAAAGCCAGCAGGGACUCCAGCUCAGGAGGACAGCUCUGAGAGCAACAGCAGCGACACGGAUUUGGAGAAGCGCAGAGAGCCGACUCACACACCUCCAGUGAAUACUCCUGCAAACACCAAUCAGAAAAAGAAGGUAACCCCUGCAUGGAAGAGCCAAGCACAGGAUGAGGACAGUGACUCAGAUAGUGACUCUUCCGAGGAAGAAGCCACGACAAAGCCAACUUCAACUGUAAGCCACUCGGCUCAGAAGACAAGCCAAAAAGGAGCAGAGAAAAGAGCACUGGCAGUGAAAGCUGAGAGGAAGACAAAAGCCAAGGCAGCACCUAAAAGUCCCAAACCUACGGGGGGCAGGACUAAAGAGACUGCCGUGGGGAAGACGGUCCAGCAGCUGCUUUCCAUUGCAGACAACGAGUCACCAGAGCCCUCUGACAACGACGCGGAGGACAGGGAAGCCACCACGGCCAUCAAAAUCAGUGGAGGAAAGAAACAAAAAAUCGCUGAAGAAAAGAGGGCAUCAAGGAUGGCUGAAUCGGAGCAGUCUUCGUCUGAGGAGAGGAAGAGAGAACUACCUGCAGGCAAAGAAAAGAAAAAUGAGAAGAAAUCAAAACUAGUUAAAAAGCUGAGGCUGGCGAGCGAGGAUGGCAAAUCUGUCUCCCCAUCAAGCGCAAAGCCAAGUCCUAUUUUAGUAAAGGGAGAAAAGCAGGAGAAAAAAAAAAAAGAAGAGCAAAUUGACACUGUCCAUGUAAAGGUGGAAGUUUGCUUUAUGUCAGAUAAACUUGCAAUGGAGCUGAAGGAAAAGAAGCCCCAUCCACAGAUGCUCCUGUAUUUUUAUUUUUUUUUCUGUUUGUUCUAAGGGUUUCUGUUCCAGCUUGUUCUUUUUGUAGGAUUCUUACAAGCUUGUGAAGUAAAUGACAAUGUAUAUUUUAUACUCUUUGUUAUGUUUGUGUACCUGAAGUAUGAAAUAAAGGUUUAGUUCCAGU